AUGUCUCUAGAACAACUAAUGGCCCUUGUGCCUCUCGAGGCAGCGAUGACGCACAAAGAAAAAGGAAGAAAGUCGCGCUGGGAGAAAUCAAAGAAAAGUGCAGACGGAAGUCGUUGGGGUAGCGAGACAGACAAGCCCUUUUUACCGCCUCCUUUUAUCGACUUACCGAUUGGAAUGACGCCUCUUCAAGUCGACAGAUUUCUAAGAGAACAGCGACUAGAAGAGUUAUAUAGAAAGCUGAACAACGGCAUAUUAGAGUUCUUUGAUGCAGAUAUAAGGCCCCCUUCACCUCCCCCUGUCUACGAUAAAAACGGGGGAAGAGUUAAUACAAGAGAUGUUCGAGUCCGCACUGCUAUGCAGAAUGAAGUUCAGCAUCUAUGCGAAUUCAUGGUCUCCAACUUAGAGGGCUUUACGCCGCCCCCGGACUUUAGACCUGCUAAAAAGAUACGUAGAAUUGAAUUUCCACAUGAAAAGUACCCUGACUACAACUUCAUGGGUAUUAUCAUCGGCCCUCGUGGCUGUAACCACAAACGGCUGGAGGCGGAGAGCGGAUGUACGAUAUCUGUUCGAGGGAAAGGCACACAGAAAGAAGGAAAGCGCGAUCAUCAGACUGAUGAAGAAGCCAGCAUGCCGAUGCACGUUCAUAUCAUGGGGGAUACUGACGAGGCCGUUGAGCGCGCUGUCGCCCUCGUGGAGCCUUUGCUCGAUCCACUACAUCCAGCACAUGAAGAAUUCAAAAGAAGAGGUCUUGAACAACUUGCGCUCGUUAAUGGAGUUAACUAUACAGACUUAGACCAAAGAAGAUGCGCCAUUUGCCAGGCACUUGGACAUCUUGCUCAUGAGUGCCCGGACAACCAAGAACUGCAGCCGUUCAAGAAGCCUGAAGUGCGCUGCGCUAUCUGCGGUGAUCUGGGGCAUGUCACGAUGGACUGCAAGAUGCGGCGUACAGAGGGGGGGGGCCCCCCUGGGGGCCCUCAUGCGGGCCCCCAUGGAGGGGCCCAUGGGGGGCCCCUUGGGGGCCCCCAUGGGGGCCCUCGGCCUCCCCCGCCUCCACCUAUGGGCGGACGACAGCCUUAUCCUUAUCGCGGGGGCCCUGACAAUUACAGAAUUGAUAUGGAAUAUCGCCGCAUGAUGGAUGAACUGAGCGGGGAGAAGUCAGGUUUAGGGGCCCUUGACGGCCCACGCCCUCAAGGGGGGGCCCCGGGGGCCCCUGGGGGCCCCCCUCAUACAGGCAGCCCUGCAGGGGCUUCUCCUGCAUCACAAGGUUACACUCCACCUCCAGGGAUGUCUCCUUCAGGCCCUGAUGGGCCGGGGGGGCCCCCAGGGAGCCGCCCGCCUCCGCCGCCAAUUGUAUUGACUCCAGGAAGGAUGGGGGGCCCCAUGGGGGGCCCUAUGGGGGGCCCCAUGGGAGGCCCUAUGGGGGGCCCCAUGGGGGGCCCUCCUCCUCAUAUGAUGCAGAUGAACGCGGGGGGCCCUCGGGGGCCUUGGGGUGGUGGCCCAGGGGGCCCAGCGGGCCCCGGGGGCCCCGGAGGGGGGGCCCCCCAUCAGGGAAUGGGGGGAGAUAUGCAUUGGCCUGGGGGCCCCAUGAGGCCUCCGCCUAUGGGCAUGAUGCCUAUGGGGGGCAUGCCACCUGGAGGGAUGCCCUGGCCAAUGCAGCCCAUGGGUAAUUUUGCUUCUCCUAAUCAACACUAUGGAGGAGACAGAGGAAUGCCUAUGAUGGGUAUGUGGGGAGGCCCCAUGGGGCCCCCUAUGGGGUAUAUGCCGGUACCGCCUGGGGCACAGUGGCCUGGGGGCCCCCCUCCAGUUGGUGGGGGCCCCAUGCAGGGUGCCCCAGGGGGGGCCCCUGGGGGCCCCUCAGCGCCUGCUCCUGCUUUGCAAGGGGGCCCCUCACCUCCUUCUGCACCUCCUCCUUCUGCUCCUUCAAUGCCCCCUCCGCCUGUGCCUGGCGGCAGCGCCAGUGCUGACCCCGACAGCAUGGAGUGCGGCGACUGA